UGCACAUAACCUGUGUUGACUUGAUAUCACAUUUGAUACACAUUGGGAUUGGCACAAGGAACAUAUAAACGAUAAGAUAAAUCGAGAAAAGGAUUUUUUUUUAAGAUCUAUUACCUGUCAUUAAAAUCACACACAAUUAUUUCGAAGAACUAAAUUUUUAUUUCGAAACGGAAAACGUGGAGAAAAUAAAGAUUAAACUUCUCCGACGAUCACUGUUGUUCGACUGACUCAUUCCCUUACGAGAAAAUAAAUUACGUCACGUUAAUAUCUUCCCUACUCCUUGACUCUCCCCCACCAUCAAUCUAAAUACUGUCGUUUUCAUAGGUUACUCGUGUGUCACGUGACAUUAGUUAUGUCGUACGAGAUGCCUCGUAAGAUUUCUAACCUAACUUUAACAAUUAUUUAUUACUACUGUUACCCCACUGUCAGUCUCUUACCUGUAAAUUCUUCUCUGCCAUCAAUAUGGCAAUAGAUCUCUUGGUAGUAAGCAAAACAAAGUUCCAUUUUAAAAGAUACAUAUGUAUGAAACCAACGAUUAUUAUGUCGUUAAAUUUAGUAAAAUAAUUGUAAAAGACUAAACACGGUGUGUGUGUGUGUGUAUGUGUAUGUGUAUAUAUAUAUAUGCAUAUGUAUACCAUAUAUGUAUAUAUAUUUAUCUUGGACUCGAUGUAUGUAUCAUCAGUUCAGAAUGGUUUCGCGUAAAAAGAACGACAGUCAAUCCAAUAUUUUAUUGCCGAUUUUAGUAAGUGCCUGUGCUAUUCCUAUAUCAAUGUUGUUUUGGUCGAUAAACGUCCUUUAUUCAACCUUCUCGUCGGAAUCUGAAGGUUAUAACGAGGAAUCAUUACAAAUGAUAUCACCAUGGAGAUGGUUGGCAGCUAUAAUAAUUCCAAUAACAUUUGUUUUUUGGGGCCUAAAGAAGAAAAGCUUAGAUAUAUCUGGAGCUAUAUUUGGACUGUUCGUGGGUUUCAUAUUGACGCUCACUAGUUUUAGUCAUUUAAUAUGUUUAAUAAUAUUUUUCAUUACUGGAUCAAAAGCAACCAAAUUUCGUUGUAACUUGAAAAAGGUACAAGAGAAAGGAUAUAAGGAAGGUGGACAGAGAACAUGGAUUCAAGUAUUGUGCAAUGGUGGAAUGCCUACUCAAUUAGCUUUGUUAUACCUUUUGGAUGUUGGAUGUGGAGAACAUCCUAUUGAUUUUGAUAAGAAUUACAGAAGUUCAUGGUUAUCGAUAGGAAUAUUAGCGGCUUUUGCUUGUUGCAAUGGUGAUACAUGGGCUUCUGAAUUUGGUACAGUAUUGGGUAGUGGUGAUCCAUUUCUUAUCACAACAAGAAAACGAGUACCACGUGGAACGAACGGCGGGGUAUCAUGGAUAGGUCUAUUGUUUUCUGCUCUUGGCGGAAUAAGUAUAGGUUUGGGCUUUUUCUUCACUACAUUGUACGCUGUAGAUACAGCAACACUAGAGUUAGCAGCACCGCAAUGGCCUAUUAUUAUCAUAGGUGGAAUAGCAGGACUGUUUGGUAGUCUUUUAGAUUCUAUAUUAGGGGCAACAUUACAAUAUUCAGGUAUAGAUAAAGAGGGAUUGAUAGUUCAACAUCCAGGGAAAGGAGUGAAACAUAUCAGUGGUAGACAGAUAUUAGAUAAUCAUAGUGUUAAUCUCUUAUCAUCGAUUAUUAUCGCUCUUACUUUUCCUAAAGUGGCAAAUGUAAUUUGGCCAUGAGAUAGAUCUUAUAGAAUAAUUGUAUCAUUUAUUUAGUCAUAUAAGACAUUUUCAAUUUCCUUUAUAUUUUACUAAAUAACUAUAUUUGAAGAUAUUGACAAUAUAUAUAUAUAUAUU